GAAGCGAGAGAGAGAGAGAGAGGACAGAGCGGGGGGAGCCUCACUUGCCAGCUCUUCUCGCACCAUCCGACGUUCGCUCGCUGCCUCGUCCGAGCCGAGUAGUUGCUUGCGCGUGGCGUGUUGCUGGCGUCUGUCUGGGUGGGGGCUUUCUUUGCGUUGCUGAUUUAAAUUCGAAAUCAUCAUCUCGACUCCGCCGGUCGAUCUUUCGUUUCCGUGGUGGUGGCGGCUCGCUUUUCUCUCCCCACCACCACCACCCCCACCACCACCCCCUCUUCGCUCGUCUCGUCAAAACCAUCCUUCCUUUUGCUGGCCAUUGUCCGCGGCACAAUAGCGAGGGACACAGAUAGCGGAGGGAUCGGUGUGACUGAUUGAUUAAUCAGAGGAAGAGGGGAAGGAGGAGAAGGAGGGAGGGAGGGAGGGGUGAACGCGGAUGGAAGGAAUCCGCUAAUCGCUGAAGGACGACGCUCCGAGCACGGAGCAGGCUUGCGGAGAGAGAGAGCGAGCGAGGGGACACAGGGAGACGCAGAGACUGAGAGACAGAGACAGACAGCAUCGACAUCGCGACCCGACCCCGGACGGUCGCAUCCGAUCCCUCUCGUGUAUAGACUCCAAGCCGGAGUCGAACUUUGAAGGUUCUGACGAGCGGAUCUCCUCGGCCGUCUCUGCGACGUCAGCACGCGGCUCCUGAGCCAUGCGGCGGCUGGGCUGUGCUCACGGGCGGGUCCCUGGCUCGGGAACUGGAGCGGGACGCGGGCCGGUCCGGAGCGGGGGCUGUCUCCUGUCCACGGCCGCGGUCCUCUGCCUUCUCGCGGGCGUCUUCUGCACUCCAGCCGGGGCGGCGAUGGAGCCACAGGACGGCAAGGAGCAACGCGGGGCGAGAGACGACAGAGAGGAGACGGACUGGACCUACACUGGCGAGGGAGGCGUGCUGACGUGGCCGGCUCGCUACCCGGAGUGCAAUGGCUCGCAGCAGUCGCCCAUCGACCUGGUGCCGGAGGAGGCCGUGCCGGACCGGCGCCUGGGACCGCUGCACCUGGAGGGGUGGGAGCGCGCCACGGGACCUCGCACGCUCAUCAAGAACACGGGCAAGACCGUGGAGGUGUGGAUUGACGGGGACUACUUCCUGUGGAGCGGAGGGACACGUUGGCGCGCGACGCGGCUGGCAUUUCACUGGGGCAGCUGCUCGUCGGCGGACGGAUCCGAGCACCAGAUCGACGGCCGCUCCUUCCCUCUCGAGAUGCAGAUCUUUCUCCACGACACGAACCGGACGGACGCGUGGGGGGUGCCCCCCGCCGCCCCCUCCGCUGCCGGCGAUGUGGGGGGCAGCAACGCGCACGCCCUCGCCGUGCUCUUCCAGGUCUCCAAGCAAGAGAACCCGGCCUACUCGGCGAUCAUCUCCGGCUUGGCGAGUGUGGCUCACCACGAGAAGUCGAGCGCCAUGUCGACGCUGGUGCCACGGGCUCUGCUGCCCAAGGACACGGGGGACUACUUUCGCUACGCGGGCUCGCUGACGGCGCCGCCGUGCCGGGAGGGGCUCCUGUGGACUGUGCUGCGCGUGCCCGUGCCCAUCUCCCGGAGCCAGCUGUCGCGCUUCUGCGGGAUCUUCACGACGGAGCGCCUGGGCUUCAGCAAGGUGGUGGACUACCUGCGCGACAACUUCCGCCCGGUGCAGGCCGGCUUCUCGGGCGCCGUGUUCACCUCGCGCGCCAACCGCACCGGCCCCGUCUGCACGGCCGUGCCGCAGCGCGUGUGGGUCGAGGAGUCCGAUUGGUCCACGGUGCGGGUGCGCUGGGGACGAGCACGUGUCGUUGCCGGUGGCGACGCCACCUCCGUCGCUGUGGUGAUGUACGCCGUGUCCAUGGAGCGCUCCGGGGAGGGACGGAGACUUACGCGGCGCACCCACGGAGAGACGGAUACGAGCCUGUUGUGGCAGAACGUGUCGGCUGGCGUCACCUACCUGGUGAGGGUGCAGGCUGUGUGCCAGGGUGACCUCUUGGGCCCCUCCACCCGGCCAAUCCGCUUCCACCUCGGCUCAGACGGCACGGAGCAGCAGACGCGCGACCGGCAGACGGGGAGCGACGUCACCGACUGGCGGCUGCCCCUCGCUGUGGUGUCGUCGCUCACCUGCCUCUGCGUCAUCCUCCUCAUCGCUCUGCUCAUCUACUGGAGGAAGUGUUUCCAGACGGCUCACCUCUACAUCGACGACAUCAACUCCCCCCGCGUCGUUCCCCCAUCCUCCCUGCCCUUUCUCCCCUUCCCAGAAGAGGUGGAUGGAAUCCCAGUCAAGCAGUUUCCAAAACACGUGGCAGAUCUCCAAGCCAGUGGAUCAGGAUUUGCAUCUGAAUUCGAGGAGAUCGAGCGCAGCACUCUGGACUUCGGGAUCCCCACCGACGACGGGAAACAAAAACCUCGCUACAUCAGCAACAUGGCCGCCUAUGACCACACACGCGUGCGUCUACGCACCCCGCCAGGCCGCGACGGCAAAAGCUCGGAGCUCAUCUGCGCCAACUACGUCGAUGGAUUUAACCGCCCGCGAGCGUACAUCGCCACGCAGGGACCCGCGCGCCCCGCCUUCGCCGACUUCUGGCAGAUGGUGUGGGAGCAAAACGUGGGCACCAUCGUGAUGCUGUCCGGCCCGGGCGAGAACUUCGCCGGCAAGGCGGAGGAGUACUGGCCGGCGGAGGGCAGCGAGGAGUACGGCUCCGUGCUGGUCACCCUCAAGUCGUCGCGUGCGCGAGCCUUCUACACCGCACGCCGUUUCCACAUCCGCAACACCAAGUUCAAGAAGGGCUCCCAGCGGUGUCGCGUGCCAGAGCGCGUCGUGUGCCACUGGGCGUUCUCGGCGCGCCACGCCACGGAGGGCCCCCCAACCCCCCUGGGGGGCCCCUCCGUGGCCUGGCCCCUCCUGGCGUUCGUGCGCAAAGCGUCGGCUGGGACGCGCGCGCAGGGUGCCGGCCCGACACUCGUGCACUGCGGGGGACCCUCGCGCCCCUCCCUGCUGGAGCUGUCCGUGUCCGCCGACCCCGUGACCCCUGCGGCCCCUCCGUCCAGCAACGCCCCCGCCUCCGGGUGCGGCAUGCGUGGUUGUGCCGGGGGCUGUGCGGUGGGCACCUUCGUGGUGCUGGACUCGAUGCUGCAGCAGGUGCGGGAGCGCGGCGCCCUUAACGUCCCGGCGUUCCUGCGGCACGCUCGUACGCAGCGGGCGCACCUCGUGCACAGCCCGGAGCAGUACGCGUUCAUCCACGAGGCGCUGGUGGGCGCGGUGACGUGCCGCGACACUGAGGUGCCGGCCGGCAGCCUGCACGCCUACGUGAACCGCAUCCUCACGCCACACGCCAAGACCGGCCACACCGCCAUGCACAAGCAGAGUCGUCUGCUGACGGGGACAGGAGGAGGAGGAUCCCGACAUGGCGAAUGCACGAGCGCCGGCAAGGCCUGCAACCGAGCCAAGAACCGCGCCAACGCGGUGCUCCCAGCCGAGCACUCCCGCGUGCUGCUCUCCCCGAUCCCCGGCGUGGAUGGGUCGGACUACAUCAACGCUUCGUACGUCACGGGCUUCAACAAGCAGCGCGAGUUCAUCGUCACGCAGAGGCCGCUGGCGCACACGGCGCAGGAUUUCUGGAGGAUGACGUGGGAGGUCAACGCUCGCUUCAUCGUCAUGCUGCAGGGAAACGACGCGUCCGCAGACGCGGAGGCCCCGUACUGGCCGGCGCGGGAGGGCAGCUCGGUGCCGUGCGACGGCUUCACGGUGCUGCUGCGUAGCGAGCGCCGCCUCACGCUCGCCAACGAGGGACCCUUCGUCAUCGCCGACCUGCUGCUCAGGGCCGACAAGGGCGAUCGUGAGGUGGAGGUGCGGCACCUGCGCUGUCCGCCGUGGCCCAAUCCGGACGCUCCAAUCAGCAGCUGCUUCGAGCUGGUGGGCGUGGCCAGGGACGAGGGGGCGGCCCGCGACGGACCAAUCAUCAUCCACGACCAGUGUGGGGGCAAUGCGGCCGGAACGCUGGUGGCGCUCGCCACGCUCUGGCACCAGCUGGAGGAGGACGGCUCGGCUGACGUGUUCCUCGCCGCCAAGAUGGUGUCGCUGGCGCGGCCCGGCACGUUCACUGACGCGGAGCAGUACCAGUUCCUCUACAAGGCUGUGCUGAGCCUGGUGGCGAGCAGGGAAACCCGGAACGGAUGUGCCGCACCGGACCGGAAUGGAGCGGCCGUCCUGCCCGACGAACCGGACCCCGCCGAGAGCAUGGAAUCGCUCGUCUGAGGCGACGGAACCGAGAGGGAGGAGAGAGAGGAGAGAGAGAGAGAGCAAGCAAGAAGGAAAAAAAACAUAACUGUUGAAUAUUUUACCCGGGCCAAUUAAAAACGUAUUUAUUUUUUAAACGAAACGAAUCCACCUGCAGAGCGGGGAGCCGGGGUGACUGUGGAGGCGAUGAGAAAUGGAAGGCGGGAGGUGAAGGUGGCGUAGGAAUCGUUAAUUACUCGCAGUCGAUCGGAGCAGGGGGGGGUGCACGGGCCCUGUUUGUUAAUGGCCAGAGAGUCACCGGCACACUGGCACGAGCCGCGCUGAUGUACGACCUCCACCGCCACCACUCCCGGCCCCCCUUCACUUUUACCCCCCGCCACCGCCCCCCCCCCCCCCCACGACUAUCGGGGUGGCAUCGGGAGCUCCCCCCACCCACACAGCCCCCGUCGCCUGCCCAACCACAACCAACACGUUCCGCGAGCUUAGGGAGAUAUAUUAUCUAUUAUAGAUGACGAUAUUUAAUAUAUGCUGUUCACGAGACGGGAGCUGUCGUGUGAUGUUUGUUUGUUUUUUGGGAAUGGAAGUUGUAGAUAUUUGUAGGUAAACUGCCCCCCCUCCCCCUAGCUGUAGAACUCGGCUGCCCCCCUUCUAGUCUUAGACGCGCCCCGCCCCCCCCCACCGCGGUCUUUUCCUUUGUCUCGAACUAGCGAGCACCUCGCGUUCAUUUUGCUUGACGUCACAAGACGUCGGGGACGGACACGGGGACGUUGUCGCGUUGCAUCGCGGGAAAGGAUGAACGCAACUAGAGAGGCACGCGUCAGAAACCGAAACAGACGUGAUUGAUAGUCUUGUAAUAAUCAUCAUAAACACUCUCGUAAUGAUAAUAAUAAUAAGUCGUGACUGAAAUCCCACGUAGGAAGAUGAACCCAUGUGGAGUCGUAUACUGACCUAGGGCUUUGUUAGACGUGCGCGCGUGUUCGCGCGUUGUGUAAAGUGUGAACUCUGCUCUUCUCCUGGCUCUGUAGGGACGUCCGUGCCCACGUGCGUACCCCUGGCCCUGCCCAUGUGCGUGCCUGCCCGGUAAAGCAGCUGUGCUCGGUGAUGUGAUGUUUGCAAACGCUAUUCAUAUCGCUGUAGUCUCAAGGUGCGUGUGCUCAGUGUGGGCUACGGGCCAUAGCUGUUGGGUUUAUUUUUUAUUGGAGCUGCCCACGAGACUCGCACCCACGAGGUUUCUCGCACGUGCGAAAAGGGAAACGCGGUGACCGCACCAUGGACAUUUUGCCCACUCUGGAGGGCGGCUCGCUCAGUGGCUCGGUCAGUGGCUUGGUGGCUCGCUCAGUUGCUUGGUUCGUGGAUUGGUCAUUGGCUUGACCCCCCGCCCGCGUCUGCCACCCUCGUUCGUGACUGUUGGAAUAGCUGAGCAGGGUCAGGGUCGAUUGCCGUUGAGUCUGCGACCACAGUGGAAGUCGUGCGUGGAUGGUGGUGCAGUGCUGUCUGAUGGGGCGUGCAGAGAGGCGGAAGAGGAGGAGGGGGUAUACUGUGGCUGCUGUUCGUCGUUCUCGCGCGUCUCCGUGUCCCGCAGUGGAAGUAGCCUGCGUCUACGUGGGUGCGUCUGUAUGUGUGCGUCUGCGUGUGUACGUCUGUGUAUGUAUACACAUUUGUGCGUGCGCGUCUGUGUGCAUCUUUGUGUGUGGGGAGCGGUG